AUGCAGGUCAUAGAGAAGAGUGCUGAUCCCGAAGUGAACCUGCUCUUCUACCUGAGGGAAGUCCAUAUCCUAUUCCACCUCACAGGCACGAAGUAUAGCUGUGGGACAGGAGGCUGUGGUGCCUGCACCGUCAUGGUGUCGAGAUAUGACCCCAAGGCCAAGAAGAUCCAUCAUUAUUCAGUUACAGCAUGCCUGGUGCCCAUCUGUUCUCUGUAUGGGGCUGCUGUCACCACGAUAGAAGGUAUAGGAAGCAUCAAAACCAGGAUUCACCCUGUGCAGGAAAGACUUGCCAAGUGUCACGGCACGCAAUGUGGCUUCUGCAGCCCAGGGAUGGCGAUGUCCAUCUACACGUUGCUGAGGAACCACCCAGAGCCAACUCCUGAUCAAAUAAUGGAAGCCCUUGGAGGUAAUUUGUGUCGCUGUACUGGAUACCGACCAAUUGCAGAAAGUGGAAAAACUUUCUGUGUGGAAUCCACUGUUUGUCAAAUGAAAGGAUCAGGAAAAUGUUGCAUGGAUCAAGAAAAAGUGUCUUUUGUGAAUAGACAGGAGAGGAUAUGUACCAAACUGUAUAAUGAAGACGAAUUCCAGCCCUUGGAUCCAUCCCAGGAACCUAUAUUUCCUCCUGAACUGAUAAGAAUGGCAGAAGAUCCAAACAAGAAAAGGCUGCUGUUCCAAGGGGAGAAGACUACCUGGAUUACUCCUGUGACUCUCAACGACCUUCUGGAGCUGAAAACCAAUUACCCCAAAGCCCCCCUUGUCAUGGGGAACACUGCAGUGGGACCCAGCAUUAAAUUCAAAGAUGAAUUCUAUCCAGUUUUCAUAUCUCCACUUGGGCUUCCAGAACUGUGUUCUAUGGACAGCACAGAUGAUGGGGUGACAAUAGGUGCAGGCUACAGCCUCACCCAGUUGAAUGAUGCCUUACACUUCAUUGUUUCGAAGCAACCAAAGGAGAAGACUAAGACCUACUAUGCCCUCCUGAAGCAUCUGAGGACACUUGCCGGAACCCAGAUCAGAAAUAUGGCCACUUUAGGAGGACAUGUGGUGAGCAGGCCGAAUUUUUCUGACCUAAAUCCGAUUUUAGCAGCAGGAAAUGCCAUCAUCAAUGUGAUAUCUAAAGAAGGAGAACGGCAGAUUCCCUUAGAUGGCCAGUUCCUUGAGAGAUCACCUGAAGCCAACCUUAAAUCAGAAGAGAUUGUGUUAUCUGUUUAUAUUCCCCACUCUACUCAGUGGCACUUUGUGUCAGGACUGCGGGUGGCCCAACGUCAGGAGAAUGCCUUUGCCAUCGUCAAUGCCGGGAUGAGUGUGAAGUUUGAAGAAAACACAGAUACAAUCAAGGACCUUAAAAUAUUCUAUGGAAGUGUUGGCCCCACUGUGGUCUCUGCAAACCAAACUUGCAAGCAGCUCAUUGGGAGGCAAUGGGAUGACCAAAUGCUGAGUGAUGCGUGCCGGUUGGUCCUGGAUGAGAUUCACAUUCCACCAGAAGCUGAGGGUGGCAUGGUGGAAUAUAGGCGAACCCUCAUCAUCAGCCUACUCUUCAAAUUCUACCUCAAAGUGAAGCGAGGACUGAAUAAAAUGGAUCCCCAGGAGUUUCCUGAUAUCCCAGAAAAGUUCAUGAGUGCUCUAGACAAUUUCCCGCUCGUAAUGCCCCAAGGAAUUCAGUUUUUCCAGUGUGUGGAUCCCCGCCAAUCUCCUCAAGAUCCAGUCGGUCGCCCAGUCAUGCACCAGUCAGCCAUUAAACAUGCCACCGGGGAAGCUGUGUACAUUGAUGACUUACCUCACAUCAGCCAAGAACUCUUUCUGGCUCCAGUUACCAGCACUAGAGCUCAUGCAAAGAUCAUAUCAAUUGAUGUUUCAGAAGCUCUGGCACAUCCAGGUGUCAUUGAUGUGAUAACAGCUGAGGAUGUUCCAGGAGAUAACAAUCAUGAAGGAGAGGUUAUCUAUGCUCAGAAUGAGGUAAUUUGCGUGGGUCAGAUCAUCUGUACUGUGGCUGCUGACACCAAUGCUCAUGCGAAAGAUGCCGCUAAAAAAGUGAAGAUUGCUUAUGAAGACAUAGAACCUAGGAUUAUCACUAUAGAGCAAGCCCUACAGCACAAUUCAUUUCUUACUGAAGAGAAAAAAAUCCAUCGAGGAAAUGUAGAGCAAGCCUUUAAAUAUGUUGAUCAAACCAUUGAAGGUGAGGUCCACAUGGAAGGACAGGAACAUUUUUACAUGGAAACACAAACUAUCCUGGCUAUCCCAAAACACGAAGAUAAAGAAAUGGUAUUAUACCUUGGAACACAGUAUCCAACCCAAGUGCAGGAAUUUGUGGCUGCAGCAUUAAAUGUCCCAAGGAAUAGAAUUGGCUGUCACAUGAAAAGAGCUGGAGGAGCAUUUGGGGGGAAAUUGACCAAGCCCAGUCUGCUAGGAGCUGUCAGUGCUGUGGCCGCCAACAAGACUGGCCGCCCAAUUCGGUUUAUUCUAGAGCGUGGUGAUGACAUGCUGAUAACUGCUGGUCGUCAUCCAAUCCUCGGAAAAUACAAAAUUGGAUUCAUGAACAAUGGUGUGAUCAAAGCUGCUGAUGUUGAAUAUUACUUGAAUGGCGGGUGCACUCUUGAUCUGUCUGCUACGGUGGUAGAGAUGAUUGUGCUGAACUCUGAAAGUACAUAUGAUAUUCCUAACUUUCGGUGCCGGAGUAGGGCUUGCAAAACAUAUCUGCCAUCCAACACUGCCUUUCGAGGAUUUAGCUUUGUCCAGAUUGCAGUGGUAGUUGAAAAUUACAUAACUGCUGUGGCAUCUCAAUGUAACUUACUCGCUGAAGAGGUAAAAGAAAUAAACAUGUAUAAGAGAAUUAUCAAAACAGCCUAUAAGCAGACAUUUAAUCCAGAGCCCUUGCGAAAAUGCUGGAAGGAGUGUUUGGAGAAAUCUUCAUUCUAUGCUAGGAAAAUGAAUGCUGAGGAAUUUAACAAAAAUAAUUACUGGAAGAAGAGGGGGCUUGCUGUGGUCCCCAUGAAAUUUACCAUUGGGUCCCCCGAGACCUACCUAAAUCAGGCCGCCGCUCUAGUCCAUAUCUAUUUGGAUGGCUCUGUCUUGGUGACUCAUGGUGGCUGUGAAUUUGGACAAGGCCUCUACACCAAAAUGAUCCAGGUGGCUAGUCGAGAGCUGAACAUCCCCCCAUCGUAUAUACACCUGUCUGAAACAAGCACAGUCACGGUGCCCAAUAGUUACUUCACGGCAGGGUCCUUGGGAACGGACGUCAAUGGGAAGGCAGUGCAGAACGCUUGCCAAAUUCUUAUGGCCCGUCUUCAGCCAAUCAUCAGGAAGAACCCAAAGGGAAGAUGGGAGGACUGGGUUGCAAAAGCCUACAGAGAAUCCAUCAGCCUGUCAACUACGGGAUAUUUCAGAGGCUACCACACGUACAUGGACUGGGAGAAGGAGGAAGGUGAACCUCAAGCAUACUGUGUUUUUGGAGCAUCCUGUUCUGAGGUUGAAAUCGACUGUCUGACUGGGGCUUACAAGCUCCUUAGGACUGACAUCUUCCUGGAUAUUGCUUUCAGCAUAAAUCCAGCCCUGGACGUUGGGCAGGUUGAAGGAGCAUUUGCCCAAGGCGUAGGAUUAUAUACCAGGGAAGAAUUGAAAUACUCCCCAGAAGGCGUACUUUAUUCUCGGAGUCCAGAAGACUACAAAAUCCCCACUGUCACUGAAAUACCAGAAGAGUUCUAUAUCACUUUGGUGCGUUCCCGAAAUCCCAUAGCCAUCUACUCAUCCAAGGGGUUGGGUGAGGUUGGAAUGGUCUUGGGAUCCUCCGUGUUUUCUGCCAUACGUGAUGCAGUGACUGCAGCCCGAAUUGAGAGGGGAUUGACCAAGACCUUCACCCUAAACAGCCCAGCAACUGCGGAGGUGAUCAGGAUGAAUUGUAUGGACCAGUUCUCUGACAUGAUUCCCAGAGAUGAUCCUUCAACAUUUACACCUUGGUCCAUCCAUGUGUCCUAA